AUGAGCGAAAGAGGCUAUGAUAGUGAUGCACAGUUCAUUUCUACUCCAACUCACAUUGCGGAUUAUGUAAAGGCUGCAGCCAGUAUUGGUCGUAAGGGUGUACCCCCUGCCCAACCCUACCGCAACGAAGGGAAGAGUCUCUGUGCAAAGGACGAAAAGUGUCCGAUAUAUCAGCAUACAGAAGUGUCACUCAGUUCACCGGAGCAUGAAGGCUGGAGUCCGCAGGCAUUGCAUGGGCUUUUCAUCUCCCACGAACCCAAGGUCCAAAGUCCUAAAGCCAGAGGGAGUCCUCGUCCUCGCGCGGGCCUGAACAAUGAAACUACUCCCAACGAGAACAAUGAGAACUAUGGCCCUGUCCCAAUUGCUUCAGCUUCAGCAGCAUCCCUGAACAUCUUUGAUGACGAGGACAUCAUCUCUCCUGCUCUUCAAGAACAGCCAGGGUCUUCUGGUCGCGGCUCUAACAGGCCAGACCAUCCUCUUAAUCUGCUCGGCCCGUUAACCGAGCACUCUCCAGAACUUCUAAUCACAAAAAGAAGACAACGACAUCCAGUAUCGACAUCCGAAGGCCAAUCGAUCCACCUCACGGAUAUGAACAUCUCUAAGAUGCUUGCGUCUGCGUCAACUUCACCUCGAAUCCUUUCGGCCAGUCAAUCAAGCGAUGAGAACCCGCCCGGCAGCAACUCGGGUACUUGGACGGCGCAAUAUCAAGGCGGCAGCCUCGGUGCUCCCGCUAGAAUAUUGACACCGUUCUGGGACGCAGGGGUAUUAAAGCUGGGGGUGCAAGAUGCGAGGCAAGCAUCUUCGUGCUACUCUCCUAGGACUAGCUCCGCGUCCGCUGACGUUCCAGCGAAUAUUGAGAAGACAAAUGUGAACCAAAACAAGCGAGAAAUCAACUGCAGCAGGACACCUUUCGCUGCUCUUUCACUUGAUGCUUCAUCUCGAAGCGUACCACUCUCGGAAACUAAUGUUCCAUCUUUGCAUGAUGGCUCCCUUGGCAAAACAGAUGCCUUGAAGAGCAGAUUUACAGAACAGUUUGACUUGAACCGGUCCAUAACCUCCCUCGGAUCCGUCGCAAUGAGCAGUGGAAUGACGUCGCCGCGCAAAGUCAGCAUUGGAUGGAUGUCCGGAGGGCGACGUCUCGGCUAUGGAUAUACUCUGGUAGAUGGAGACAAGGACGACACUGCUGAGAAAGAGUCCAGCAAGGCAUCAUCGAUCAAACCCCACAUUUCGAAUAUCAUUGAUCGUUUGAGAGUUCACCGCUGGUCUGGCGCAACUGCUCUCAUCAGGCCUUCAAAUGCCAGCGACUCUGCGAGUUGCGACUCUGUCAUCAAUUCUCCCUCCUGGUUUAGGCUCCCAGAUCGAAAAAAGUAUCACGCCGACGCUCACAUGUCUGAUAACCGAAGAGCUCUAUGGAGCCUGAAACCUGGAAACUGCUCGAGCGACUGUCUGUGUGAGCGUCAUGCAUUGGGGAAGCGUGCGUCAGCCUCUGAUGAGACCCUCGGAGAAAGUUCUAUGGGAUCUGCGAGAGAACCACAGUCAUCACAAAGCCUACGAAUGGGACAGCACGAUCUUAAGCAUAAAGAGCAUAGGCAUACGACGACGACAACCAAUCCUAACUGUCAAUACGCCAUUGGUCGAAGAAAGGGAGCACAAAUCAUGAAAUUGAGGUUCUCCAAUCAUAGGAGUUGGCGCGAUACUGCGAGCGAUGAUGUGUCAAUGUCUCCGUCAAAGCUUACUGUGAAGGAAGAGAAUUCACACAGUACUUUUCAAGACAAAGAAGGAUGCAUAACCUCACAAGAUGUCUUUGAACGACCCAGUGUCCAGCAGUCAGAAGGGGACAAUGAGAAAUACCUUCGAUGCGCUGACCAGGAAACAAUUACCGAUGAUUGGGCUAGCAUGUACCAGGACUGCCUCGAGUUGUAUUCCGACCCAGAGUGA